AUGGCAGUCUGCAAUUUCAGCUUGCCACGUGACCGGAAGUAUUGUGUCUGGUGGGACUGCUCGAUUGUUGUCGACGACAUCGCGGCGGUAAACAGCUUAGAGGAAGUAGAAUGUCGCGACCAAUGGGAGAAAGUCACAAGCGCUUCUUACAGACCAUGAUGAGCAAUGGAAUUAUCAGUGCUUCACAGGCCAAAGCCCUACACAAACACUGUUGUGAGACCCAUGGAGCACACUAUACGCAAGAUAGACUAGAUGAAUUCAUUGAUGUCAUCAAUGCUCAUCUUCAGCCCAUGUUUAUGCACAUCAGAAAGGGCAUGUCUGAAGAGGACGGACUGCAGUAUUAUGCAUUGGUAAACAUAACAGAGACUGACAUAACAAGAAUGGCGUCUGAUUAUGCAGACAAUGAACUGGAAUUGUUCAGGAAAACGAUGGAUCUGAUCGUAGACUCUGAGAGCGGUUCUGCAUCCUCCACCGAUAUUUUAAAUAGUGCCGACACCCUCCAGACAAAGAAACUGAAGAAAAAAGAAACUGAGCAUGUCUUAAACAAAUUUGUCCAGGACAAAUGGUUAAAUGAGAAACAUGGUGAAUACACUCUGAGUGUUCGCUGCCUCAUGGAAAUGGAGCAGUAUAUGCGUACAAUCUACCAGGAUCUCAUGAAAGUGUGUUACGUGUGCCACAACAUUGCCCUGCAGUGCCAAAUGUGUGACAGUCCGACCUGUGGAAUCAAGAUGCACCUCCCGUGUGUUGCUAGAUAUUUUAAAGGACGAAGUGACCCUCAUUGCCCCUCAUGCAAUGAUUUCUGGCCUCAUGAGAUUCCAGAAAUACAGCGUCCUCAGUCACAGAGUUCACAAAGUCAGUCUUCAUCAGCCAAAGAGAACACGGCUCCCACACCAUCCACAUCAGCAACACGGCGUUCCAGAAGGUCCUAAUCUCAAAGUUUACCCUGCAGAUUCAACUCUGCAGCUGGGCUUUUGACUCGUUAUGAGGAUUAUUCAAGUGCAUUCAAUUUUUUUAAAUGUAUUGUCUAUUAUUAAAGAAGUUAUUAAAUAUGUUUGUUUCUAAAUGUCACAGUAUAAGUUUGAUUCCAUAUCAAACUGCUUACUCGCUCUCUUGUACUGGACCAUUUGUAGACUAAAAUAUUCAGCAUGUUUUUUACUACCUCCAAGUUGAUAGGUGGAGAUUCUGAAAAAAAGCACUCUCAAUUCAUACAGUAAAUCCUUGCAAAGGGCUAUUGUAAAAGAUUCAAGUAUAGAUUGUUUAAAAUAAGUCAGUUCCUCAAGCUGUUAUCAAAGAUUCAAAUGUUUCAAUUUUAUUCUGUUUGCAGAGCGCCAUGUAAUGUAAU